GAUAUAGAUUAAACAGGGGCUGCUAAUAAUCUGUCCUCUAAGUAAGGACUAAUUGAAAUCUUGUGUAUUGAAGAAAAGCUGACAACUCAAGUUUUUUGAAAACAAUGGCUCAUAAUACUGAUUCUGGAUAUGUGAAGCUUGAUUCUGCUGCACCUGAAGCAACUGCAACGAAUAUUCAACCACAGCAACAACCUGAAGAAGCUACUCAAUCCCAAGUUACUGCACCGCAGCCAGAAACAACAACUCCAGCCCAAAUCAAGCCGAGGAUAAGGCACAAAAUUGUUCUGUUCAAACUUGGCAUUGCUGAAGUAAUUUUCGGUGUUUUAUCAUGCAUUUUAUGCGUCAUUACACUGAUACUCGGUCACAAAAAUUCAUCCUAUCUGUACUAUGAUAAUUAUGAGAAAAGAUAUUAUCAAAACAGAAUCACAUAUGGAUCUAAUGUUGUCGCACAAGGAAUAUGGUGUGGUGUUGUAAUACUUGCAUCCGGGAUACUUGGAAUAAAAGCAAGAGAUUAUCCCACAGUUUGCAUGUACCGGGCUAAUAUGACCGUCAGCAUCAUAGCCUCAUUUUUUAUGUUUAUUCUGUGUAUUCUCUCUGGUGUUAGCACCGUCACAGUAUAUCCUCUGAGGUACAUAUACAUAUUACUACCUUACCACAUUAUCUUGGCACACAUUGGAUUGGUGGGCAUGGUUAUCUGUAUUGUCCACUCAGCAUAUUGUUGCGCUGGCAUUUGUUGUCGCACGAAGCCCACGCGUGUUCCACAACCUGCAUAUUCUCGACAACAAAUGGUUCGACUUGCAAAUGGUCAAUAUAUGAUGGUACCUAUCAAUGCACCACAGAACUACCCAGGAAUGCCCAUUGCGCAACAAGCUGUUGUUGUUCCCCCAGGGCAGGUGUUUCCUCAACCAGUGACAGGAGUUCAACCCUACCCAUCAAUGCCAGGACAAGGGCCACAGUAUUACCCACCAGGACAGAUGCCUUCGCAACCGGCAAUAGUUAUUCCUGCAGGACAAAUGCCUCCAAAUCAACCACCGCCAAUGUACUCGCAGUCACAGCCCGGAGUUCCUGCGUUCACUACACAAAUCCAACCGAAUGCUCCCUGCCCAACGAUGCCUCAGCAAGUCACCCAACCCCUGAACCCUUCUACAUAUCCGAGACAACUACCCUGCAACCCUUCUGUUUAAAACAGGAGAUUGGAGAUGAAGUUUUGAGUCCGUGUGGGUUUAAAACUUGAUGGAAUUCAUCGAUGGAAGUACUUUGUAAAUCCUAUACGUAUACACAAACAAUCGUAUUCAUACUCACCGAACUGCAUGUAGAUAUAUAUAUCAAAGUACUUUGUAAAUCGUAUACGUAUACACAAACAAUCGCAUUCAUACUCAUCGAACUGCAUGUAGAUAUAUAUAUCAAAGUACUUUGUAAAUCCUAUACGUAUACACAAACAAUCGUAUUCAUACUCACCGAACUGCAUGUAGAUAUAUAUAUCAAAGUACUUUGUAAAUCGUAUACGUAUACACAAACAAUUGCAUUCAUACUCACCGAACUGCAUUUAGAUAUAUAUAUCAAAGUACUUUGUAAAUCGUAUACGUAUACACAAACAAUUGCAUUCAUACUCACCGAACUGCAUGUAGAUAUAUAUAUCAUAUACACAAUGUUUUUUCUAAUAUUGUCAUUUCGCUAAAAUUUAUCAUGACAGAUUAUCGAUUUUAAUCUCAUUUUAUGUGAAACCGCAAAUUUUUUUUAAGCUGAAUAUGGCAUUCAUAUUGAAAUAAUUCUUCGUAAAUUGCAUAACUAUUUUUUAAUGGUUACUGGUUUUACUCUUGUGUUAAAAUUGUCAAUACUUUUUAAUUUUUACUUUACGGUUUUCUGAAAUCAAUGGCAGUGUGCAAACACAAAUAUUUUACCUGGUUACAUGUAGCAACAAUUUCAUUAGAUAACUUAGUACAGUAUUUUUAUGUGAUAAUCGUAAUCCUUGUCCUGAACCAGAUUCUACAAGUGCAACCACUCAUUGUAUAUGACCAGUUUAAGCACCAUUUUCGGUGGAAUAAUCGUUUCAGUUUAGCAGUGCCUCCCCAAUUUAUUGCGUCAAUGAAGAUUAUUAUUAUCAUUCAUUAUUUCUCCCUUUUUUACAUAUUAUCAUUUUUAAUAUAUUGGCUUUUCAUGCCCAUGACUAGAUUCUUUUUAUGAGGUGUUGCGUUCUUUUAGGGAUUAUUUCUACAGUAUCCAGGCUAUUGCGUAUAACAAAAUGUCAAUAUUACCUAUUUUAACUAGAUUUUUGUAUUUGAAUCUCAGUGUAUUUUCUUGCCAUAUUGUACAUUACACAUAUAAAUAUUAAAUAGUAAACAUAGGUUUUCACACCAGGGCUGUGACGUCAUAGUAAGUUUACACUCCAAACUCCUAGCUAUUUAGAUAAAACAGCCAUGUCGCUCUAAUCUGGGCAAAAAUUUUAACUGGGACUUAAAAGCUUAAAGAGCUUUUAGUUUUAAAUAACUUAUGCACGUAUUCAUCUUUAAUUUUCAGUUGAGAAUAAUUAGUGAAUGAUGUUUUAAGUUUGGUUGGAAAUUUUUAUAUUCAUCAACAUUAGAAAUCUGAAAUCCUGAAUUUGGAAAUAUGUCUCCUACUUACUUCAUAGACCUAUUCUGUACAUAAAAAGAAUAUUGACAUGAUUUUAUUUCAUCCUAUUAUUUCAAUUCAUUUAUAAUAUUGCUGCAUGUUUCUUGCCGUUUUACACUUGCUUUUGUUGCAAUCAUCUAAUAUUUACCCUACAAGUUCCAUGAUUCAUUCGUUGCAAUUUUUAUUUACCUUAAUUAUAAAAGAUCCAUGACAAUGUAUAUUAGUAGCAAGUUAGCAACUGCAUUAAAAUUUUGUGAUCAACAUAAUGCUGUACAUGAACUUCCUACAUAAAUGGAAUAAGAUUUUCUUAGUAAUCCUGGGGGAAAAGAAAAUACCUUAAUAUGGGUAAUAUAUUCUUUAAUAAAUAUUGUUGUAUUUACCGGCAGUUUAUUCUUAUUCAAACAAGGUUGACGGUGUCUCGAAAACGUUGUGCCACAUGUUCCCAAUACUUUAAUCAUGUCUUAUAAGUGGGGCAACUGGCACACUACAUUCUUGAGACACAGCCGUCAUAGUUUUAAAGUGUGCGAUUUCAAUUCUGAGAUUAUUGCUCUACCAUAUUGCAAUAUUGUGCACUGCAAGCUUACUAACGUCAUCUUCAAUAUAAAAGCAAUAAUGUAA